CCAUGGAGCGGGGCAGGCCCGCAGCCGCAAUGACAGCGACUUCACCAGCGCCACGGCACAGAGCGGGACGCGGCUCCGCCGCCUCCUCCCGGCCGCUCGGAGGCGGCACCGGGACGGGCCGGGCGCUCGGGGCCCACGGUGCUCGGCUGCGGGGCCGGGCCGGGCUUUGGGCAGGCCCCGGCCCGGUUCAGGCCCCGGCCCCGUUCCUCCGUCACGUGACACCGCUCCGCCAAUCAUCAAGCGCCGAUGCCGCGACCGGCACCAACCGCGCGCCGUUCGGGCCCUCCGAUUGGCCAGCGCGCCCCCGCCGGAUGUGGCGUCACGUCGCCGCGCGGGGACAGCGGGGAAAGAUGGCGGCGCCGGGAGAACCAGGGGAGGCGGCGUUCGCGCGGCGCAUCGACCCGGCCCGGGAGCCGGGGCUCAGCCCCGAGCAGCGCCGCCUCAUGGCGCAGGUGGAGCACGUCCAGCGCCAGCGCGCCCUGCAGCGCCGGCUCCGCAGCCGCAACGUGCUGCUGGCGCUCGGCAUCGGCGCCGUGACAUUUGGCAUCUACGGUUACACCUUCUACUCGGUGUCGCAGGAGCGGUUCCUGGACGAGCUGGAGCAGGAGGCGGAGGCGGCGCGGGCGCGGGCUCGGGCGCGGGCCGAGGGCGCCGCAAGCUGAGCGGGGAGAACCCGGCCCGGCCCGGCCCGGCUCGGCCCGGGACUGAGCUGCCGCCCGCGCCAGGCAGGACGGGCCUCGAGGCAGAUGCGCCUGAGGGGCUCUGGCCUGCCUCGUGCUCUGCUUGGGCCGGGAGAAGGCCCCGGGGGCUCCCCGCAGGCAGGCAGAGCCCGGCCCGGGGCCGUGCCCGCGGGAAGGACAGGGGCGCCCCGGUGCCAGCACUCCCCACAAUAAAUCCCUCACUGGAGAACGCCUCA